AUGCAUUACUACAUGCUGGCCGCGUUGCUCAACGCGGCCCUAGCGACCGGUCAACGGCACGCGGUGUUUGCCGGCCGCCGACUGCAGCAGUGGCGGCAGACCGGCGACCGGCCAAACUACCUGCAAAUGUUGGCCGGCGGCGGCGUGUUGCCCCGCAGGGUGUGGACGGGACAGGUCGACGGCCAACAGCGCACGACCAGUAGCAGGCGACGACGCUUCCCGACGGCCAACGCGAACCCGGUGAUGGGCCACUGGAGGGCCCUGCACGACAAGCUAGACGUGCAGUCCAUGUGGCCAGGGACGGCCAAGUACGCGAACGAGAUGUACUUGCCGGCCACAACGGAUGAUUACAUUAGACAAGAAGGAUAUCCGGCGGAGAGACACACGGUGAUCACGGCAGAUGGUUACAAUCUGACGCUGCACAGGAUACCGUACAGUCGAAACGAUGACCUGGCUGCCCUCACCAGAAGACCGGCGGUGCUGGUCCAACACGGCAUACUGUGCAGUUCGACGGACUGGGUGAUCGCAGGACCCAAUAGCAGUCUAGCGUUCAUACUGUCGGAUGCGGGAUACGACGUGUGGCUUGCAAAUUCCCGGGGAAACACGUACUCCAGAAACCACGUGACCCUAGACCCGGCGAGGGAACCGGAAAAGUUUUGGGAUUUCAGCUGGCACGAGAUGGGCACAAUCGACCUGCCCAACACGAUCGAUUACAUCCUGGACAAGACAGGCGAACCAGACUUAAACUACGUGGGUCACUCGAUGGGCACGGCCAUAUUUUACGUCCUGUGUUCGGAGAGACCCGAGUACCAGGACAAGGUUCGGUCGAUGUCAGCAAUGGCUCCGAUCGCCUACCUGAACCACGUCAAAAGUCCGAUCAUGACCUUCUUGUCGUCCGUGGCGGACCCGUUGGCUUGGUUGUGCAACAGUCUGGGAUACUACGAGUUCAGGCCGAACGGAAAGAUUUUACUGUUCGCGGGGAAAGCAUUCUGCGAAGCUAACUCGCUGGCCGAAGGUGUUUGCGACAACUUGCUGUUUCUAUACGCCGGAUAUGAUUCGAAACGACUGAUCAAAAGCAUUCUGCCGAUAAUUUUGGCACACACUCCGGCUGGUGCAUCCGCACGUCAACUCACUCAUUUCGCUCAGCUCAUGAAACGCGACCAAUGGUUCGGCCAGUACAACUACAACAAACAGAAAAACUUGGAAAAGUACGGACAACCGGAACCGCCAGCGUACGACCUGACAAACAUCACGGUGCCAGUGGCUCUGUAUCACGCACAAAACGAUUGGCUGUCGUCGAUGGAGGACGUCAAGGUCCUGGCGAGCAAGCUUCCGAACGUGGCCGAGAGAAAGGUCGUGCCGUUCCCGGAGUUCAAUCACUUAGACUUCCUGUGGGCGAAUGACGUGAAAAACAUCGUUUACGACGACCUGAUCGGGUUCAUGAAAAGGCACGACCGGAAGUACGUGGAUGUAAGGCUACGGCCAUCUGCGGAAGUGGACGCGAACGUCGUGCACCCGGAUUACAUCGUAUCCGACGUUGCGUAGAGGUGAAAAUAUAGCGAGUGCAGACCGUCGACCCUUACAACUCCAUUCACUGGCGCCAUCACAUCGCGGGUGAGAGACGGGACAACGCAGUUUUCCGCCAAAAUCGACCUUUCCGUUUAUAUAUACCACUGCACUAGUAUAGCACCUACGGGGAAUCUUUCACAUGGGCAACAAGAAUAAAAGUCGUAUUAAAGAGAAAUUUGUUAAGUAGAAUUAAAUAAAUUUGGUUCUCAAAAAUAUUUAAGCAGAAGAUAUUGUUGUUAAACGGAAGUUAGUUGUAUACAGGUAGUGCAAUCACGAAAUCACAAUAUGAGGUAGGUGCCACUUAAUAUUUCAGUUGAAUGACCAUUAAUUGAAAUGGGGUUUUCGAGAAAUAAUAUCCGAUAAGGAAGUAUCUAAAUGCACAUUUUCUGGCAAAUUUCAAAACUGUAACUCUUAAAA